UCGCGCUCCCGACUUCCUGUUUGAGUGCGGCAGCUGGAAAGAUGGCAGCUGAAACUGGGAAAUACAAGAGUACUGUCAGCAAAAACAAAGACCCUUCAGGCCUUCUUAUCUCUGUCAUCAGGACUCUGUCCAGUAGCGAUGACGUUCAGGACAGAGAAACAGAGAAAGGUCGCCUGGAAGAGGCCUUUGAGACGUGUGACAGAGAUUUGGAUAAACUGAUUGUCCAGCAUUAUGCUGAGCUCACGACUGCGAUCCGAACCUACCAGAGCAUCACAGAGCGCAUCACCAGCUCCCGCAACAAAAUUAAACAGGUCAAGGAGAAUCUCCUGUCCUGUAAGAUGUUGCUCCACUGCAAAAGAGAUGAGCUGAGGAAGCUGUGGAUUGAAGGCAUCGAACACAAGCACGUCCUCCAGCUCCUGGAUGAAAUCGAAAGCAUCAAGCAGGUUCCUCAGCGUUUGGUAACCUAUAUGGCCAGCAAGCACUACCUUCAUGCCACAGACAUGCUGGUGACGGCUGUGGCGUCUUUAGAGGGCCCCUUACUGCAGGUCGAAGGGCUCGGAGACCUGCGCCUGGAACUCCACAACAAGAAGCUCAACAUGCACCUGGUGCUCAUUGAUGAGCUGCACCGACAUCUUUACAUCAAGUCCACAAGUCGCCUCGGACACAAGAACAAAGACAAAAAUGCCCCACGCCUUUCUGGAUCCAUUACCAAAGACACAUCUCCGAUACCUGUGUUGGAAGUCAGCAGUCUGUCAACUCCACGCAAGCUUCUGGAUUCAUCUCAGUACAGCACACCUGGAUCAAGCAGCGUGCGAGAGAUGCAGCAGGAUACGAAGGAACUAAACCAAGCAGAUCUUCCUGAAGUGGAUCCAGAGGAGAACAGUGCAGAGUUCAUGGGGAUCCUCAUAAGGGCUUUGGCUAAAUUGAAGAAACUCCCUGAAACUAUCAAAGCCAUAAUGGAGCGACUGGAGCCGGAGCUGAAGCAGAUUGUGAAGAGGUCCACCACCCAGAUAGCUGACCAUGCCUACCAGAGGGGGGAGAACCUUGCCCAAGAGAGCCAGCCAAGGCUGCUACUGGAUCUCCUGGAGCUCCUGUUUGAGAAGUUUAAGGCAGUUGCCCAGGCGCACAGCGUGGUGCUGUCCCACAUGCAGCAGAUUGCUGUGCAGGGUCCUAGCCGAACCCAAGAAGACCACAUCAAACUUUACGAGCAGGCUGACGUCUCUGCCAAAAUCCAGGCAGUGCUGCAGGUUCUGCUCAUGGAGUACCUGGACGUGAAGAACAGCCGCAGUGCCACAGAGCCGUCCGCUCAGCUCUCCUACGCCAGCACUGGCAGUGAGUUUGCUGCAUUCUUUGCCAAGAAAAGACCACAGCGUGCCAAGCAGUCUCUGUUCAAGUUUGAGUCAUCUUCCCAUGCCAUCAGCAUGAGUGCGUACCUCAGAGAGCAGAGGCGAGAACUCUACAGCAAAAGUGGAGAAUUGCAAGGUGGUGCAGAUGACAACCUGAUUGAAGGAGGAGAAAUGAAGUUUGUCUGCAAACCGGGAGCGAGGAAUAUCACUGUGAUCUUUCAGCCUCUUCUCAGAUUUAUUCAGGAGAUUGAGAUGAAUAUGGGGCCGGGUCAAGCCAAGCAGUGUCAGCUCCGAGCUUUUCUCACCUACUACAUUAAUGACCUCUUCCUCAAUCAGGUGCGGACGGAGAUCAACAAAGAAAUUGAAGCAGUGAGUAAGAUAGCUGACCCCCUGAAGAUCCUUGCAAGUGCUGACACUAUGAAGCUUCUUGGCGUGCAAAGACCUUUGCUGCAGAGCACAGUGGUUGUGGAGAAGUCUAUCCAAGAUCUAAUGAACCUGAUGCAGGACCUAAGUGCCUAUUCCAACCAGUUCCUUGAGAUGAUCUGCGACAAACUUAAAGAAUACAAAGAAAUCUGCAACACGGCAUACAGGGGAAUAGUCCAGUGUGAAGAAAAGCUGACCAUUAGUGCAUCUUGGUCUAAAGAUGAGGACAUCAGUCGUCUGCUCCAGUCCCUCCCUAACUGGAGAAAUAUGGCUCAACCCAGACAGGCCAGGCAGAAAAGGGAGGAUGAAGAGGACUUCACACGGGCUGCUUUUGCCAAGGAGUCAGAGGUGCUGACAGGGAACCUGGGGGACAAGUUAAUCCCUCAGAAUGAGAUUCUACGGGACGUCAGUGACCUGAAGGCUUUAGCCAACCUUCAUGAGAGCAUGGAGUGGCUUGCAGGUCGCCUAAAAACAUUCUUCACUAAUCUUCCUCAGACUUCCACUGCUUCCCCAUGCUCAGCUGACAACCAGGUGCUCGGUGAGAGUGAACGCAGCAGGGAGCAGAUUCUUCAGGCUCUCGUCGACCUGUCUCGGAGCUUUCAGGACAUUGCCGACCGCUGUCUCCUAGUUUUGCAUCUAGAGAUCAGGGUGCACUGUUUCCAUUACCUGAUCCCCCUGACCAAGCAAGGAAAUUAUGCCAUUGUGGCUAACGUAGAGAGCAUGGAUUAUGACCCUCUUGUAGUCAAACUGAACAAGGACAUCUCAGCUAUAGAGGAAGCCAUGGGGGCCGCCUUGCAGCAGCACAAGUUUCAGUAUAUUUUUGAAGGACUUGGCCACCUGAUCUCAUGUAUUUUAAUCAACGGGGCUCAGUACUUUAAGAGGAUCAGUGAGUCUGGUAUCAAGAAGAUGUGCAGAAACAUUUUUGUCCUCCAGCAGAACCUCACCAACAUCACCAUGUCAAGAGAGGCCGACCUUGACUUUGCCAGGCAGUACUAUGAGAUGCUGUACAACACUGCAGACGAGCUGCUGAACCUGGUGGUGGACCAAGGUGUUCGCUACACGGAGCUGGAGUACAUCAACGCCUUGUCCUUGCUCCACCGCAGUCAGACAGGCGUCGGGGACUUGAGCACUCAAAACACCCGGCUGCAGAGGCUGAAGGAGAUUAUCUGCGAGCAGGCCGCCAUCAAACAGGCCACCAAGGAUAAGAAGAUCACCACGGUGUAACCAUACAAACAGGACACAGAUUCCAUCACCUGGAGUUAAAAACACAAGCAUUUCUGGUUGCAUUAAAUUAAAUUGUGUUUGCAAGGUUAGAAAUAGAGCCCCCUAAAGUUGAAAUAAAUUCUUGUUUUAGACCUGAGAUGUGAGAAUGUGUUGGAAAGUUUGUCCUCUGUGUGUCUCCUGCCUGAUUUGAUAGAAGACACUGUAGUAGGACGUUGACAAAGAUGCAUCUUUAAAGCUCUGGAUGUGAAGAUUAUAUGUGACUGUGCACUGCAGUGACUAACGGGUUGGUGACAAACACUACUGCAAGCAGUUAGUUAAUCAGAUAAUCAAGACUUUCUUUUCAAGUUAAAAAAAAGGCAAAAGAAAUACACUCGUCAUGUAAUAACUGUAGAGGUUAACACUCAUACCUACAGCAUCACUUUAAAAAAACUGUUUUGUUUUUUUUAGUUUAACGUAACCUUUUCUUUGUCUGUGCAGUGGGUCACUGAUGCUGUUUGGAACGGCAGAUGUCAUGUUACUGAUGAAUGAGGUUGCAUUUUUCUUUUUUUUUGUCUGAUUUCACUUUGCAGCAUUCCCUAAAAGUUAUAAAAUAUAUCUGGGACUACAAAUAUGAUCAUCAAUAUGCUUUUCUGAAUGAUAGUAGAGUAAAAUGGUGUGACUAGAAUUAAAUUGUCUUUUUAUUUUGUAUUUUUCUUGGACAAAUUGGAAAAGCAAAACCACAAAAAAUAUGAUUUUUUUUAUAGAUUUUUUUUAUUAUUAUUUCAGAUCACUUGUGUCAUGUUUGCAUGAAUGCAAAAACAAUUUUGUCACCAUUUAAUUUGGAUAAAAUCAAAACAAAUUAACUUCAUUUGCUUAUCUUUUAGCAGAGUAAACAUUUAAACACUAGAGACUAUCAGGAAUCCUUCCCUUUUUCCUGCAGCCCUCCCUGCCUUCAGUUCAUUAACUUGGGAGAGAGGUAUUUAACAAGAAAAGGAGAGGGGAAUUGGAGCCUCGUCAAUACGGCGGGCUCAGUGCUGGUCUCCCUGCAGCCCACACAGCAAUCCAUCAUAAUGGCACAUAGCCUGGGAUCGAUGGAGAAACAACGGUAAAGCUGCUGAGUGGAUCGUCUACCACUCUGAACGCACUCUAGGUGUGAAAUCUAAAAUCUGCUCAUUCAUCUAUUCAAUCCAGAGCUGCUUUUGUAAAGGGGAACUUCAAUACAAUGGUAACCAAGUGUGUCAUGCCACUCACACAUGCUGUUAAACUUUUAUCUUACAGGAAAAACACAGUACAAAUAUGUCCUCAAGGUUUUCCCUACAGGCAUAAAUGUAAGUUAAAUGUGCUUUUCUUUAUAAUGCGCGUGCAUUUUUGACAUGUUACUUACACAUAUGUAGGAUGAUCACGAGUGUGCUUAAAAUAAUGCAUUAAACAUUUUCUUUUGUUUUGGUUUGGUUUAUUUAGCUUAAAUUCCAAAAUGUGUUCCUUGCUUUUUUAUGCAUGUAUGUAAAAAAUGCUUUAUUGUCAUGCAAAUAAACAUUAGGUUAUGUUUGUUUUUUCACGCAUCCAAUAAAAAAGGAUUAAUAAAGAAACCACUAAAG